UUUACAAAGUCGCGCGACAACUGCGAGCGACAGACUCCUCCUCCAACUCUAUCACUGCUCGUUACAUUUAACCCAUCACCCCUUCCACUCCUUUAACCUCGCUCGCGGCGAUCAUCGUCGCCCCAUCACGUCACCGUCGCCGCAAUCACCCACCUAGAUAACCGUUGACACGGUCACGACCACCAACCACCCAACCAACCAACAAGACGCGUCGACCACACCAACGUCGCCCGUCCAUUCAUUCCCCACAUUCCCCCGCUCGCUCGCCCGCAGUUGGAUCUCUCUACACACGCCUCCAAAGUCUUGAUACCACUGCAACUCAUUACCGCAGCCGCGUGCAUCGCAUCACAUCGCAUACAAUCCGGCCCCAAACAUCCCCGGCGCUUGGGUCCCUCACCACUCUUGCCCACACGCCCGUUACCCGGCUACUCGCUAAUACCCAUUUCGGCCAGCGACUCCAGCUACGUCCUCGCCAGCAUGUCAUUCGUCGAGACGGCGCGCACCGUCGCGGGCUACCUCAACCCAUCACUCCCAUUCCCGUUCAACUAUAUCCCCUUAUUCUUCCGCCUCUUGUCAGUCCUCCUUGCGGCGCCCUUCCUCGUCUUCAUCGCGCUCGACCUCAUAGCAUAUGCCAUCGCGCGUACCCUCCACCUCUCCAUGUCGCAGCUGCGCGUGCCGAGGUCACCACCUUCGGUGCCUCGCGAACUCGUUGCCGACGACAAGGACGACGACGACUUUGACAGCCCGAUCGUCGACGGGCUCGAGUCGUCAACGGGCUCGCCGGUCGCAAGAACUCGCAAGCUGGAAGAAGGCAGCAAGGGCCAGGCUGCUACUGGCCCGUCUCUCGCCAGCCGGCUCAUCCUCCCAAUCUCCUCUUUGGUCGUCGUGCUCGCCAUCUUCCUCCAGCUCACGAGCAGCACCAACAACGUGAAGAACUCGACACGCUUGGCCGCCCUCAAUGGCGAGGCUCCGCCAUACGCGCUCAUCCUCACCGCCCACCCAGACGACGAGGUCAUGUUCUUCGCGCCCACAAUCCUCAACCUCGUCGCGACCGGCUGGUCGAUCCUUGGAGUCUGUCUCUCGUCCGGGAACGCCGACGGGCUUGGCAGCACACGAGUUCAGGAGUUGUACGACAGCUACCGCAUUCUCGGCGUACCGCAGGACCAGGUGGUCAUUGUUGAGCACCCCCAACUCCAAGACAGCCUCACUACGAGCUGGGACGGACAGGUCAUUUUCAACGACGUUCUUGCGCCUCUGCUGAGGAAGGGUAUCACUCAUAUCAUUACAUUUGACAAACAAGGCGUCAGCGGUCACCCAAACCACGUCUCCUUGUCCACAGUCAACAAGUUCUUCCCAGAGGACGUGAAAUACCUGCCCGAAUUCAUCACGCUUGAGUCUCCAUCACUCGCCGCAAAGUACACGAGUGCUCUCUGGGCCGCGUUUUACGCGCUCCGCGACUGGGCCCGCAUCGAGGAACCCGUCGAGCCCGGCCUUGGCCUGACUUUUAUCGCCUCGCCGUCCCAGUACCUCCGCGGCGUGAGGGCCAUGCUUGCGCACGAGACGCAGAUGGUGUGGUUCCGCUGGCUCUACAUUUCCUUCUCGCAGCUCAUGUGGGUAAACCAAUUAGUGUCCAACUAGGUUGGCGUUGUAGCUAGUAUAGCUGUUGCAUUGUGAAUCUGCUCG